AGGCACAACGUCAGCAACACGGAAAAGAGCAGAGAGAGAGAGACAGGCAGAAUCAGAGGAAACACCAAGGUGUGAUGAGCGAGGGGAAGAGAGAACUACAGUAGUUUCGAAGAGUUUGAAUUUGAAUUUAAGAGGGAAACAAGAUAGAGAGAGAGAGAGAGAGACACGCUGAGGGGUGUGUCAUAGCAAUUUAGUUCCUCAAGGAAGUGCAACUCAACAUUAUCUUAAGAUAGGGUGGCAGCACUGACAGAAGCGCUGUGGGAGGGCUGGUUUUUUGGGUUUUGGUUCUGCUCGUGGUGAAGAUGAAGGGAUCUCAUUAAAUCAACUGGCCUGUGCUGUCAACCUGAGACACAGAGUAGAGGGAGAGAAAGAUAUCUGACAAAGACCAGGAGGGAGGGGGACUCAGCACACACAGGCAAACAUGGACGCCUUCAGCUCAAAGGACAUGGCCAUGAGGGCGCAGAAGAAGAUCCUCAGCACCAUGGCCACCAAAAGCUCCGUCCAAAUGUUCAUUGACGACACCACCAGCGAGAUCCUGGAUGAACUCUACCAGGUCUCCAAAGAGUACUCGGGUAAUAAACCCGAGGCCCAAAAGGUGAUCAAAAACCUGAUCAAGAUUGCCGUGAAGGUCGGCGUGCUGUUCAGGAACAACCGUUUUAGCACAGAGGAGCUGGGAGUAGCUGAAGAUUUUAAGAAGAAGCUGCACAUGGGGACCAUGACAGCUAUCAGCUUCUAUGAGGUGGACUUUACCUUUGACAAGUCGGUGAUGGAGGAGCUCCUGGCCAGCUGCAGGGAUCUGCUGCUAAAGCUGGUCAACAACCACCUCACCCCUAAAUCUCACGGUCGCAUCAAGCACGUCUUCAACCAUUACUCCGACCCCGAGCUCCUGACCAAACUGUACGACCCCAGUGGCCCCCUCCGACCCCACCUCACCAAGAUCUGCAAAGGACUCAACAAACUGGUGGAGGACGGGACAAUAUGACAUAGAAACAAUACAAAUGUCAGUCAGACACUGGGAGAUCUACAGGCAGACUCACUUAAGACUGUCCGAAUUGUUCUUACUGCUGCAGAGGACUGGCAACGCAAGACAAGUGAUUUAAGAACAAAACUGUGGCCCCAUCGUUCUUAAAGAACAUGUGGGAUAAAAAUAAAGUUGGUUGAGUCACUCCUCAAGUUUUUAAUGUUUAGAGGUUAUAUAUAUAUAUAUACUGUAAAAUUGUGAUAUAUACUUUUCUAGUCAAAGUUCACAGAAACCAAACUUGAAUAGAAACUGGUUUCUACUAUAUCAGCCGUUUUGUUCGAUUACGAAACGGUAUCCGAUGUUUAAUAUUUGAGACCUUGCAAUGUUUCAUUCAGAACUACUGAUGUUGUGUAUUCAGGAGAGGAGUCAAAACAGCUGGACAGCUUGCAUAAAGAGUACAGGAAGGGAAUGAUGCCACUGUAAUACAGCACUGCCAUCUGGUGGUCAAAGAUGAUACUCCAACAACACGAUGUACUGUAUUUACUGAGGCGUUUGGAAGACAAUGCAGCCAAUAAUAAAGCAAAUAACCCCACAGUGGA